AUGAGUCCAGGUCCAGGUACAGGCCCAGAACCAGAAACAUACGAAGAACAAAACGUGCACAAAGUGUAUCAACAGAUCGCGGGCCACUUCUCCGCGACACGAUAUAAACCAUGGCCAAUUGUGGAGAAAUUCCUGCUGGGCCUUUCGCCGGGCUCGGUGGGAUUGGAUGUUGGUUGUGGGAAUGGGAAGAAUUUACAGGUGAAUCGGGAUGUGUUUAUUGUUGGGUCUGAUCGAUCGGAGAAUCUCGCCAAAAUUGCUCUUCAGCACCACCCCCAUUCAACGGUGGUGGCUGACAUUCUCCAUCUCCCACAUCGGGACGCAUCCUUUGACUUUGCCGUCUGCAUUGCCGUGGUGCACCAUAUGUCCACUCCGGCACGACGAGUGCAAGCAAUUGCCGAGAUCUUGCGAACCAUCAAGUGCGGAUCUGCAACCGCGCCGGGUGGACAACUCCUGGUCUAUGCAUGGGCUCUAGAGCAGAAAAAUAGCCGCCGCGGCUGGGACAAGGGGGACUCGCAAGAUUUGAUGGUCCCGUGGGUGCGCAAGGCCAAGCCAGGGUCGGGUGAAGAGGACCAGACGUUCCACCGGUACUAUCAUCUUUAUGAAAGUGGGGAGCUGGAACGGGAUAUCGAACAGGCGGGAGGGUUGGUGGUGGAAUCGGGAUAUGAAAAGGAUAACUGGUGGGCGAUUGCGACACCUCGCCCCACUUCAUGA